CACGAAGCUCUUUUCUUUCUCUUCCAGGCAAACUCUUUCCCGCUUAACAUCUCACAUUUCCGGCGACUUUUAGCUUCUCCUAACGUUUUCGUUUCAGGGAACCUGAAAAUUUCUCCGGCUGGUUUUCUUUUCCUUUUCUUUCUCUUAUCAUGAGCGUCGCCUAGCCAGAACCAGAGGACAUUUGCUUCUCCUUUCUUGCUCACAGACACGGCGAGCCUGCUAUCAGAGGUCUCGCAAUGAAUGAAUUCAAAACUCCACUCAAAGGGAUUAUUAAAGAUGUCAAAGGAAGGGCACCAUGCUAUAAGCAAGAUUGGACUAAUGGGUUUUCUUCUGGCAUCAGGAUAUUGGCUCCAACUACCUAUAUUUUCUUUGCUUCGGCUCUUCCAGUUAUUGCCUUUGGGGAGCAAAUGAGCAGAGAAACAGAUGGAAGUUUGAGCACAGUGGAAACAUUAGCUUCUACAGCUAUUUGUGGUAUCAUACACGCGGUAUUCGGUGGUCAGCCUCUGCUAAUACUAGGAGUCGCAGAACCCACUGUUAUAAUGUACACUUAUCUGUACAGUUUCAGUAAAGGAAGGUCGGAUUUGGGAAAGGAGCUUUACUUGGCCUGGGCUGGAUGGGUUUGCAUCUGGACAGCGCUGUUGUUGUUUCUUCUUGCCGUAUUCAAUGCUUGCGCGAUCAUCACCAGAUUUACAAGGGUUGCAGGGGAACUUUUUGGGAUGUUAAUAACUGUUCUUUUCUUUCAAGAGGCCAUCAAGGGGUUGGUGAGUGAAUUCCAAAUUCCAAAAGAUGAAGACCCUACCGAAGAAAAAUAUCAUUUCCAGUGGCGGUAUACAAAUGGGUUGCUGGGGAUCGUGUUCUCCUUUGGCGUACUCUUCACUGCUUUAAAAAGCAGAAGGGCAAGAGCAUGGCUAUAUGGAACAGGGCCUUUUAGAAGCUUCAUUGCGGAUUAUGGGGUUCCUUUGAUGGUCUUGAUAUGGACAGCAUUGUCAUUCAGCGUUCCAAGCAGAGUCCCCUCUGGAGUUCCCAGGAGGCUCUUUGCUCCUCUUCCCUGGGAACCAGCGUCAUUAUACCAUUGGACAGUAAUGGAGGAUAUGUGGAAGGUCCCACCGGUGUAUAUUUUUGCUGCAAUUAUACCGGCUGUGAUGAUAGCAGGUCUAUACUUUUUUGACCAUAGUGUUGCGGCACAGAUGGCGCAGCAAAAAGAGUUCAAUCUCAAGAAUCCUUCCGCUUAUCAUUAUGACCUUUUAUUGCUUGGGUUCAUGGUUCUAUUGUGUGGAUUGAUUGGAUUACCCCCUUCAAAUGGAGUCCUUCCACAAUCCCCCAUGCACACCAAGAGCCUAGCUGUUCUCAAGAGGCAGAUGAUUCGAAAGAAGAUGGUGGAGAAUGUCAAAGAGUGCAUGAAACACCAAGCUAGCACCUCAGAGAUUUAUGGGAGAAUGCAAGAAGUGUUCAUACAAAUGGACAGACCUCCUGAAACUGCAUCAGUGAAAAAGGAGCUGAAGGGCUUGAAGGAGGCAGUGAUGAGAAGCCAAAGCACUGGGGGAGAUGACAAGGAUAAAUUUGAUCCCGAGAAGCAUAUUGAGGCCUACUUGCCUGUUCGAGUUAAUGAGCAGAGAGUGAGCAAUCUUUUACAAUCCGUCCUCGUAGGGGUAUCUGUAUUUGCGAUGCCCAUAAUCAGAGCCAUACCCACAUCAGUUCUUUGGGGAUACUUUGCCUACAUGGCUAUUGACAGCCUCCCAGGGAACCAGUUCUGGGAACGGAUAUUACUGCUCUUCGUUACUCCUCGCCGGCGAUUCAAGGUUCUGGAAAGGGACCAUGCUUCCUUCGUGGAGUCGGUACCGUUCAAGAUCAUUGCGAAAUUUACAAUCUUCCAGUUUGUAUAUCUUCUGAUAUGCUUCGGGUUGACAUGGAUACCGAUUGCUGGAAUACUGUUCCCAUUGCCAUUCUUUCUGCUCAUAAGCAUAAGAGAGCACAUCCUUCCCAAGAUGUUUCAGUCAGAUCACCUGUGGGAAUUAGAUGCGGCUGAGUACGAGGAAGUUGAUGGUACUCCUUCCCGAGGUCGCGGCACCCUCUCAAUCAAGGAAAUGGAGGGAUCUUUAUGCGUGGACAGUGAACGAGAAGUAUGCGAUGCAGAGAUACUGGAUGAACUCACCACCAGUAGAGGGGAACUGAAACUUAGAACUAAAAGCUUCAAAGAAACCAGAUUAACCCUGAAAGUGGCCGAUGAUGAAAGUGAAAGUAGUGAUAGUGAUAGUGAUCAAUGAUGAAGAUGGCAAGGACGGAAAUGAUAUCCCAUCAUAAAGUUGGAAUAACUUCAUCUUCUAUUGAUACAGAAGAGAGGGAAGGAAGCAGCAAAUGGGAAUAGGUUGCUGCUGCUGUUCUUUUUUUUGUUUUUCUUUAGGUAUAAGUCCAAAUUUAAAGAGAGGACGUGAUUGGGCUUGUGAAGGAGUUUAGAUUCAGAUAUCUUGCAUUUGGUAUUGGAAUGAAGCACUGGCCCUUGUUUAAUUCUUGUUAUGAUGAGUAAUUGUAUUAUAUAUGAAA